AUGUCCCUCUCGUCGUGCGCCCCCUGGAGCGUUCUACGCGCCAUACUGCUCCUAAUAGCUCUCGUCCAUGCCCAAUCACCUUCGGAAGAAGAGUUCACUCCCGAGGACACAAUCACACGCGAUGUGUGCAUCCUCGGCGGCGGUGCCACCGGCGCCUACGCAGCGAUCCGCCUAAAAGACAUGAACAAGAGCAUAGUGGUCGUCGAACGCAACGAGCAGCUCGGCGGGCACGCAGAAACCCUCUACGUCGAAAACGGCGGUCAUGUCGAUUACGGCGUGCAGGGCGUCUUCAACUACAAUGUCUCGAGGGAUUUCUUCAAUCGACUCGGCGUCCAAUGGAAACCGCUGACUCCAGGCUCCCUCAUUAACAAAUACGUCAACUUCAAAACCGGGCAUGAGGUCCCUCCUCCCGCCGGGAUUGUCGACACCGUCGCCGCCCUCCUUGUCUACCGGUCUGCUAUCCAGAAAUUCGACUACCUCAAAGACGGCGUCUACAACCUUCCCGACCCCGUACCGGAGGAGCUCCUCUGGCCGUUUAGCCAGUUCGUCGAGAAAUACAAGUUCGAGGGGGCCUUGAGCGUGAUAUACACCUUCGCCAAUGCGUUAGGCGACAUGCUCGCCACCCCGACGCUAUAUGUGAUCCAAUCAUUCGGUAUCUCCCAUAUAGACAUCUUCCUGCAAGGAGGAUACAUCACGCCGAACAACGGGAUGUACGAAGUCUACCGCAAGGCCAGCGAGGUACUCGACAGGGACGUUCUGUACAACAGCGAAGCCACUCACACCAGGCGUUCCGAUACGGAGGUCCAAAUCAUCACGCAAGACAAGUCAGGGAAGAAAACACUCAUCAAAGCCAAGAAACUCCUCAUCACCAUCCCGCCGAUUCGCGAGAAUCUGAGAGGCUUCGACCUCGUCCCCGAAGAAACAUCCCUCGUCACCAAGCUCUUCUGGAAAACAUACUACGUCGCCGUGCUCAAGAACACGGGCAUCCCCAACGACAUCAACGUCCAGAACGUCGACCCGAACGAGAACCCGGGCAAUCUCCCGCGCGCCCCCUUCCAGUGGGCGCUCCAGGACAUGGGUCCCAAUAACUACCUCGCGAGUAAGAUCGUCGGCGACAUGAACUUCACGGACUCGCAGGCCCGGGACCUCAUUAUUGGGGAUUUGCGCCGCAUGGCGACGGCGGGGACCUUUGCUAUCCGGGAGGACUGGGAGUUGGCGGUGUUUGGGAGCCAUGUUCCGACGUCGUUGAUGGUGGGGGUGGAGGAUAUCCGGGAUGGGUUUUACGGCAGGGUGUAUGGGUUGCAGGGUCAGAGGGCCACGUUUUGGACCGGGUUGACUCUUGUUUCGGAUUAUUCGGCUUUGUUGUGGCAGUAUACGGAUUCUGUUGUUGGGAAGAUGUUUGGGGGGGAGUGA